AUGUCUCUUCUCUCGCUUCCAACGGAAAUCUUAUGCCACAUUGCAGAGCACAUAGAAUCACUCCAGACCCUCGGCGCUCUGGCCCGCGUGAACCGCCGGUUAAAUGUUAUCUUCGAUCCUGCGUUGUAUCAGCUGGAUGCCCGGCACCCUCCUAGUGCGGCAGUUAGCUGGGCAGCAGAGCGUGGGAUGACGCAUCUUUUGCAAAAAUCUAUCAACUACGGAGCCGAGAUACCCGUGCAUUCGCAAAUUGGUCAACGCUGCAUCACUGGAGAGCGGGUUGUGUAUGGUAAGAUAAUCCGCCAUCGCUUUACGGACUGCCCGCCAGCACAUCCUCUCUGUCUUGCCGUCCAAAAUGGACAUGAGGAAAUAGCCAGGAUUCUCCUAGAGCGGGGCUGUGACCCGAAUAUGGAGACCCCUGACCGGUAUUCCUUGCUAUCCCUUGCAGUCAUCCGCGGUCACGCAAGCCUAGUCGGGAUGCUUCUGAGUCUAGGAGUAGACCAGAAACCUCGGCCUCUCACGUACCACAGCCCCAUUCAGAUCGCCGCUUUCCAGGGCAACGAGACCAUAGUGAGCUUACUACUCCACCAUAGCUCAGAGCGUCUGCACCAUACCAGCGAGCUCCGAGAUGCACUUGAAUGUGCAAUGAAAGAAAAUCACAGGAACAUUAUCUACCUGCUAGUAGAAUACGGAGUGAACCUAAACACGGCGUUCGAACACUGGUCCGGCAAAACCCCGCUCGUCUGGGCGAGCGAGCAAGGGGAUGUUGAUCUUGUUAAGCUGUUCCUGAGCCAUGGCGCAGACCCUAACUACCACGGGUUCGAUUACGAAACCGCAUUGGUCAAGGCGGCCGCCAGCGGCCACGCCGAUAUCGUCAGCCUUUUGGUACGGGACACUGACCGGAUGUCGCGGACUCAUGCGCUUGCUCUGAGCAUGGAUUACCCUGAUGGACGCGUCGCCCGGAUCCUGCUAGACAACGGGGCCCUUCCUGAUUUUGUUGACCAGGAUUAUGCUGAUUUUCCAGGCCCUGGUCCUACCAAGAAAGAUCGGAAGGAUUAUCGAUUGAUUCCUCCCCUCGUGCGGGCUGUGAAUGCCGGACAUGCAAACCUAGCGCGAUUACUGGUUGCGCAUGGGGCCAAUGUCAACGCUUACUACGAGGGCCUUGUACAUACGCGGUCCUCUCGGUCGAGCGGCUCGGUACUGCAGCUGGCGAUGGAUCUGAAUGAUCAGGAUACUGUGAACUACCUGCGUGAUCACGGGGCAGUCGUAGAGGUUGAGAACACGUUUGAGCGGCUCAUGAAGCGUUUUCGCAAUUGCACGUAG